AUGGCAUGUUGGAUAGUGACACUGCAAGGUGGUCCAAAACGAGCGACACAAGCAGCGGUUGCCUUAAAUGAUAAGAUUUAUGCAUUUGGUAGUUGCUGGUGUACUGAACCUGCCGAAACCUUUGGUGUACACGUUUUAAAUACUAUUGAUUAUCGUUGGCAACGAGUACCAACACGAUUAUUUCAACCAAAUCCAUCACAACAAUUUAUCGAUGAUUCAGGACAAAUUUAUGAGCCAUAUGGUGAAAGUCCAGUUCAUCGAGUUGGUCAUAGUGUUGUUGAAUAUAAGGGUAAAAUUUAUUUGUGGGGCGGUUUUUGUCAUGAGAUAGGAGUGCUAUGCUCAAAGAUGUAUUGCUUUGAUCCAGAAGAGCGAACUUGGUCAGUAAUUCCAUGUGCUAGUAGCGAAGCAACCGGACGUGAAAAGCAUACAGCUGUGGUAUUUAAUGAUAUGAUGAUUGUGUAUGGCGGUUCUGAAGAUCAAUUACACAAUAAUGUUUGGAUAUAUAAUUUUAAAAGAAGGAUAUGGUUUAAUAUGAUUGUAUAUGGUGAUAUACCACGAGCACGAAUGAAUCAUACAGCAUGUGUCAUUGAUGAUAAGAUGUAUGUCUUUGGUGGCGUUGACUUCUUACAUCAAGAAUUAUACCUGAAUGUGUUGGAUUUACGACAUUGUUACUGGGAGACACCGGAUGUCACCGGUGAAAGACCGUAUGGAUUAGUAGAUGCAUGCUGCUGGGUAUAUAAGAAGCAAAUGUAUAUAUUUGCUGGUUGUCGACAUGAAGAUGAUCGAUAUAUACCGGGACUCUUUCGAUAUGAUCCGGAAAUAUCGGUAUGGCGUAAAAUGCAUCCAUUUGGUUUGAAAGGUCCAAGCGGACGACAGCGCCAUUGUGGUGUGAUCGUUGGUGAUUGCGCUUAUGUAUUUUGUGGUCUCGCACAACUAAUUUCCUAUAAUGAAAUGCUUGGCUUUGGUUGUUUACUGGAAAUGUGUGAUCUCAAUGUCCUUAAUUUCAAUUGGAAAUUGAAAGAUCUUGCAGCAAUUGCCGUAUUACGAUAUCAAUUACCUAGAACAAGUUAUAAUCUUCCACUUGAAUUAAGAAUUCAUCUUGAUAUGAUGACAACACCGAAUCAUGUUUUAUGA